GGCCAUACUCACGAACCUUCAAUUUCACUUAUUUUAAUAUAUAUCUAUAUAUAUAUAUAUAACAUAUAACACCACUUUGUUUCUAAGGCAACUUGAUUCAGCUUUAUUCUCAGAUUCUGAUAUCAACUAAUUGUAUCAUCAAAACCUGCAGCUACUUUCAUUAGUAAAGCCCACAGAAUUCAUAAGUGUGUCUGUGCUGAAGAAAGUGAGUGCCUGUUUUAGGGUUUUCAGGUCCAGUAUAAGAAGACGAAGAAGAAGAAGAUCGUUGUCAGAGAAUUACGAGCCAAAACUGAGAAAUGGGUAUCGCAGAAUAUUCUCUUAUAAUCUUAAUUAUAUCUCUCAGUUUCAUAUCUUCGUCUUCCUCAGUUCAUAACACACUCUCUUCAGAACUGAAGCAAGAAAGUAAGAUGAAAGAAGGCCAAGGUAUACAUGCAUAUAAGGUGGCUAGAGGUGGAGCCUCCGGUGGUCAUGCCUCUGGUCACCCCUCGUCAGGUCACUCCUCGCCCCACAAUGGUGAAAAUGGCGGCAAUUCAAAAAUGCCAGUGCUAGGUGCUGCAGUUAUUCCAGCCUACGUCGCCGGUGCUGCCGGUAUGAAUAACCGUCAUCACCAGAACCACCAUGGUACUAGCAAUGGAAGCUUUCAUCGAAUUGAAUUUCCCACUUUGCUCAUGAUUGCCUUCCUCUAUACCCCUCUCCUUCAUCUAUGUUUGUUCAUAUAGUAAGUGACCAUUAGAUUUCAGAUAUCAAACAUGCAACUAAAAUAUGUGUUUGAUGCAUUGAUAUCCAAAAUUUGAAACCUUUGGUACAUAAAAUUAAGAUUGUGGUGAUAAUGUAACAUUUUAGGAUGUCAUAGGAACACUUCAUUUGAGUGCCACAUCAUCAUAUCUUUUAAGAAAAAAUGAAAAAAAAAGUAGUCAACAUACCAUUUUGAGUAUCACUCACCUUUUAAAAUUCUGUUUGACCUUUUCAAUUUUCAUUGUUUCUUAAAAUCAUAGAUGUGAUGUCUAAUUGUAAUGUACAAUGCACAAAAUAGUAUCAUAUAAUGUAAGAAUUGUAUAUCAAACACUUUCCCUAGUCUUGUGUGCAUGAAAUAGCUCUUUGUUUAUAUCAAACAAUGUAUUGUUCAAUUUAUGCAUUAUAAUGAGUUUGAAAUUUUGUAUCAA